AUGCUGGCAGCGGAAGGCCAGAUCUACUUCCCUCACGACAUGAUCGUGGGCCACUCUAUCGAUGUUUGGGGUCGGAAGCUGGUGAUCUACGACUGUGACGAGGCCACUCAGAAGUUCUACAAGCAGUACAUGGGCAUCGACCAAUCCCAGGGCCGCAUCGACGUCUCCGAGAAGCCCGUGACGCACUUGAAGUUGAAGCCGCCGCCACACACCGGUGUGGGCCGGGAAGAGGACUCCCUGAUCAAUUGCCAGAUGGUCCAGCCAAAGCCACCCAAGAUCGACCUCGAGAGGUUGAUGGUCUACACCGGUGAGGUCCUGCGCUUCGAGUGCAAGAUGGUGAAUGGCGAGCCCGAAGACGAGCUGCGAAAGCUUGUCAUCGCCUACUACCCGGCGGAUGGCGAUGUGGCAGUCUUUGAGGUACCGGUGCGCAACAGCGGGCACAUGGGGGGCAAGUUCGCAGACAAGCGACGCAUCAAGAAUCCAGACACCGGGGAUUACUUCAAGCUCGAGGACUUCUUCGUCGGCCAGACAGUCACCGUGGCGGCACAACCUCUCCAGAUCGUGAGGGCAGAUGAGCACUGCUUGCAGUACCUGGAGGCGCGGCCCAAAGAGUUUCCCUACGCGGAUCCCGUGGCCUGCGCCCAGCGCGUGGCUUGCCUCGCGAGCGAGCCGGAGAUGCAGAGUGCGCAAGGAAUUGAGCCGGAACGGCUCAAGGACCUCGCCGCGUCCAAGGGCAUUUACCUCAUCGACCAUGAGGUUGUGACCCUGCUGCGCAACUUCGGAAUUGCAGGGGAGUCCGACGACGCAGCACCGCGAAUUCUGGGCCCAGAGUUGCUGAACGGAGCCACGUCGCUGCCCGUCUGA